UUUCAUUCGAUUCUCUGAGAACAUUCGGCGUUCGUUGCUCAUAAGAUCAACAGUUGCGUUUUGAAAGUCUUUUAGUCGCCUUAUCGCCUUUCCUCCUAUACGUUCAUUGUUGUUGAAAAAAUUAUUUUAUUGUUUUUGGUGAUAUUGCAUUCACUGCACAAGUUUUGUAAACAGCGGGACACGUAAUUGUUGUUUUGUGUUUUGAAGAUUAUAUUUGCCGUGGGUAACGAGAAAAAAAAAAUCGAAAAAUGGAAUACGAUUCAUCAUAUUUGAAUACCACGCCCGGAAAAGCGAAAAUAAGCUGUUUGACAUUUGGAUUUAUCGGUUUACUGGCUUGUAACAUCGCCGGAGUCCAUGUAGCACAAUACAAUUCGGCAGCUGGAACCGCAUUUUUGGUCACACUGAUCCUGUUGCUGUUACUGGUCUGCAAAUCCAGUUUGCGUCAAUCGGCGAUUUUCCAAAAAAUCGAACUCAUCAUUUGCAUCAUUUUGACCAUAUUCUACGUGGUUGGUUCAAUUGACAUAAUCCGAGCUUGUUGGUACUAUUUGUUCACCAAUUUUAUACUCGGACGAUUCAUUGGCACGUUAAUUGCAUCGAUUUGCAGCAUUUUAGCAACCUUGGCCUAUGGCUACGAUUCAAUAGACAAGUUUCGCGAAACGAGAGGCGUCUCAACAUCGAACGUUUAAGUCAUGUUUUGUUGUUUUCGUAAAUUAACUAAAAAACGUCAUCGCUUUUGGUGUGCUUAAGGUGAGAGAGAUGACGUAAUGUGAACAUAAUAAAACGAAUGAUUUAUUAAUGUGUAAUUGGAUACCGUCAAUCCGGCCAUAUUACACAAAACCUUGCUAUAUCAUCAUAACAUCAGAGAGUCCACCAAUUCAACCAAAAUAAAUUUAUUCAACUUAAGUACAAGAGUGUGAGAUAUAUAUAAUGUGUAAAAAGAGAAUUGUUGGUAUGGUAUGAAUGGUUCGCACGUUUGUUUGCGGAAUAUUAAAUGAAUGUUUGAAGAAUGAAAUAAAAAAAAAAUUUUGCGUACAGGACAGAGACAAAAAAUACUUAACACAACGAGUUAACACAGUUUUUACUUAAUUUAUUAUUAAAAUAUGGUCUAAUCCGUUGGUUUGUUUUUACUAGAAUUUCGGAGUGUCAAUUGUAAUUAAACGCUUUUAUUGAGUUCAAAUUCUUUUACUCAUUGUCCCCCGGGAAAUAAGUCAUCACUUCAUUGACAUGAGCGUUUAAACUCAUUUCCCGGGGGCCUAGUGAGUAAAAUAACUUACGUAAUUGCUUGGAACUUUGUAUUUUGCCAAGUGUGGUUGCAUCCCUCGUCUUCGGCUCGAGUUGCAAACGCCACACUUGG